UUGAACGAGAUCUUUCUUCCGCAAUGAGUAUCUUUGAAAAUUAAGGAUGUUUGAAGGAUUAAGAACAGUAAAAAACUGGUAAGAUCAGAUUAACGCCUAUUAUGGAGCAAGUCCAUGAUCUCUCAGAGGCUCUACCUCUUCAAGCUCCUCUAACCUACCAUGCUGAAGUCCUGCAAGAUCCAUGCAGCACAGCUCGCUCUGCUGUUAUAAAAGAGCAUGUGAGGAAAUUUUUGAUGUGUGAAGCAACUGUUUAUGGUGACACUACCUUCACGGAAUUCACAGAUGGAUUUUUGACAGAACAUGUGAAAUCUGUGAGUGUCUGUGACACAGAUUUGGUGUCUAAAGAGAGACAGAGUAAUCUCAAGAAUUGCAAACUUGCAAUCCAUGUUUUCCAAUUGCAUGAUGAUGGGCCAGCAACAGAAGAGCUGGAAGAAGACAUAGCAGCAGCGAAUCAUUGGCUUCUGCCCUCUGAGGAUUUUCAUGGAGUUUGGGAAAGUCUGAUCUUUGAUUCAGACGUCAAAGCCCAGCUGAUAAACUAUGCAAUGACAACAUUACUCUUCUCAGACAGGGGUGUGAACAGUAACAUAAUAUCAUGGAAUAGAGUGAUUCUCCUUCAUGGUCCACCAGGAACUGGGAAGACAUCCCUUUGCAAGGCUCUGGCUCAAAAACUGAGCAUUAGAUUGUCAGAUCGGUAUUCAUAUGGGCAGCUGAUAGAGAUCAACAGUCAUAGCUUAUUUUCAAAGUGGUUUUCAGAGAGUGGCAAGCUUGUGAUGAAGAUGUUCCAGAAAAUCCAAGAACUAAUUGAUGACAAAGAUGCACUGGUUUGUGUCUUGAUUGAUGAGGUUGAGAGUUUGACUGCAGCUCGGAAGUCUGCGAUGCAGGGCCAGGAGCCCUCAGAUGCAAUAAGAGUGGUGAACGCUCUGCUUACACAAAUUGAUCACAUUAAAAGGUUUCCUAAUGUAAUUAUCCUUACCACCUCUAAUGUAACUGGAGCCAUAGACUUGGCAUUUGUGGACAGGGCAGAUAUCAAACAGUACAUCGGACCUCCGUCUGUAAAUGCAAUAUUUUCCAUAUAUCAUUCCUGCAUCGCUGAGCUUAUGAGGGCAGGGAUAAUUUCUCCUGUGCAACAGAUACUUGGCAUAAGGGACUUGGAAGUGUUACGUUUUGUCCAUAAUGAUGCUACAAACUUAAGCCUGGAGCUUUUAGAAAUAGCGAGGAAGAGUCAUGGACUGAGUGGCAGGACCCUCAGAAAGAUUCCAUUUUUGGCACAUGCUAGACACGUUCAGACUCCUGCUGUCGCGUUGGCAGCCUUUCUGAGUGCGCUUUCCUGGACGGUGGAUAAACAGUUUGAAGACCGAAAGAAUCUGAAGAAUGACGACUGAUAGCCGCACUUCUGUUCAAAAAUGAUCAAGAAUAGCUUGUAUAAACUAGUAUCAGAGACAGGAUUGGAUUGCACGACUGUUGCACCUCUGAUGAAUUUUUCUUUAUGCUAUUCCGCCUUUAAAUGCAAAUUAUUGCAGUUGCACUAUGCUUAAAUUAAAAGAUAAUUAAUGCGCAAAUGAUAUUACUCACGAUUGGUGACAGUGUUAAAUUCUCUCAUCAUCUUAAGAUUCGUGUUUUGAUGCAAGAUUCCGAAUUCCACGGCAUAUUGCUGCGUCGUUGGACGCUUUUUCAUGCGCUAUCUCAAUGUUAGGAUCAAGCGCGAGCAUGAACUCGUCACCAGUGUCGCGCUAGUGUGGGAAACGGUAGAAGAAGAGCUGAAAAAGUCUGCACUAAACCUUCGCCAACAUGUUAUUUUUAGGGUCUGUUAGGGAGAGAGAAUAUGCAGAUUAUAGACCUUUCUGAACCAAACAAGUAGUGUCUAAUGGCUUUUGCGCUAUUUGUAGUGAGCGCGGGAAACUGUCGCGCAUUUACGGUUGGAUUUCGCUCUCGGUUGGUUAAAAGCCAGUAUCCGUGUUCUGAUCGGCUACACUCUAAGAAAGUGUUAAGAUUUGUAUAAAUACGCAAACUUUCUUCGUUGACGAAGUUGCUUGCCGUAUUGGCGAAUACUAGAAACGCAAGUUUUCCGCUCAGAAUCGUUCUAAAGCAUAUCGUUCUUGUCUCUUUGAAGCGUUUGGAAAUUUUUUUCCCAAGAAACUAUAAUUGCGGCAGGAAUGAGUAACUAUUCCUGUUCUGUCGUGGGACGGAAGAGGAUCUAAACAUGUUCAACUCCGCCAACAAAGUGUUCGAACUCGAGAGCAAAUCAAGCAAAGAUUAAAUUUUUAGAUCAGGUGAAAUUUUCAGAUCAUAUGAUAAUUUUAUAUAGUCCAGCAACACACUAAAAGUGGGUUGAGUUAUUUCUUGCUCUAGGCCUGGAAAUCUUACUUUAGUCUCAUUCUACUUCUACUAGGGCUCGAGUUUAGCAGCCCUACGUAAAUGCAAUAUCAGCACCAGAUUGAUUGUAAAUAAAACAAUAACA